AUGCCUGGAGAAGGCCCUGUUGGUGUGAUUGCCAGACAAUCUUAUAAAGUUGUGGAACAAUUUUUGAUUCCGAUGAGAGAGGCUGGGUAUCCAGAAGUGAGGCCAUUACUAUGUAUUGGUGGAGUGGAUACGAGGUCGCAGUUGGAGGCUGUGAAGAAGGUUGUCCACAUUGUAGUUGCAACUCCUGGAAGGUUGAAGUACAUGCCAGCAAAGAAAGAAAGGAACCUGGACAACUGCAGGUUAGCACCGUUUAUAGCCACUUCAAAGCUCAAAGGCAAACUCUUUUAUUCUCUGCCACAAUGCCCACCAAAUUCAGAAUUUUUUGAGAAUCCUCUGAAUAUUUCCAACAUGGAUAGGUUGAUUGCUUCGCUCAAGCAUCUUCUAACACCAGGACAAAAUAUUUGUAAGUGA